CCCCUGGUCAAGAUGGCAGCGGGUUGAGCGGCGGCCAUGCGUGUGUUUAUGUGGAAGGUGGAAGUGUCAAUUGCGCGUGAUUCUUGUACCUUUUUGGCCGUUUAGGAGGGACGGAGGUCAUCCACUGCGGCGGCCAUGUGCGGAAUCUUCGCCUACCUCAACUUCCUCUCCCCCAAAAGCCGCGCUGAAAUCAUCGAGCUCCUCAUCAGGGGUCUCGAACGACUCGAGUACCGUGGCUACGACUCCGCCGGUAUCGGAAUAGAUGGCGUCGACUCCGGGGUGACCCUUGUGAAGCAGACUGGCAAGGUGAAAUGCCUGCGAGACAAGAUCGAGGCCCUGGAAAGCACCCUAGACUUUGGGCGGGAGCUGGACACACACGUCGGCAUCGCUCACACCCGCUGGGCCACUCACGGCGUGCCCUCAGACAUCAACUCCCACCCACAGCGCUCCGAUGAGAAUAAUGAGUUCAUUGUUGUGCAUAAUGGCAUCAUCACCAACUACAAGGACGUCAAACAGUUCCUCAUCCAGAAGGGCUUCAAGUUCGAGUCCGACACCGACACAGAGAUCAUCGCCAAGCUCAUCAAGCACCUCCGCGACCUCCACCCAACCUACUCCUUGAGGGAACUAGUGGAGCAGGUCAUUCAGCAGCUGGAGGGAGCCUUCGCCCUGGCCUUCAAGAGCAAGCACUUCCCCGGGGAGCUGGUGGUCACAAGGAGGGGUUCGCCGCUGCUGGUGGGCAUCAAGACCAAGGAGAAGCUCGCUAGUGACCAUAUCCCCGUCCUCUACAGCAAGGACGGGUGCGAGUUUGGUGGGCGGAGUCUGGCCGGCCGCGAGAGAGACUCCCCCGAGAAAGUUGAACUGAAAGGCCUCCCGAGCAAGGAAGAAGCUUCAGCAGACCACCGCAGCCAUGUCUACGAGCUCCCCCACGGACUGGCACGCACCGAGUCCACGGCCGAGUUCCUUCCACUCGGUGACGACAAAGAGGUGGAGUACUUCUUUGCCUCCGAUGCCUCUGCCAUCAUCGAACACACCAACAGGGUCAUCUAUUUGCUGGACGAUGAUGUGGCCAGCGUGGACAACGAGGGUAUCCUGAAGAUCCACCGUCUCAAGAGGAACCAGGAUGACUCCCACGCCCGUGAGAUCACCACGCUCAAGAUGGAGAUUCAGCAGAUCAUGAAAGGCAACUUCUCCUCCUUCAUGCAGAAAGAGAUCUUCGAGCAGCCCGAGUCCGUGGUCAACACCAUGAGGGGACGCAUCAACUUUGACAGCGAGACGGUGGUGCUCGGAGGCAUCAAGGAACACAUCAGUGAGAUCCGUCGCUGCCGCCGCCUGCUCCUCAUCGCCUGCGGCACCUCCUACCACUCCACCAUCGCCACGCGCCAGCUGCUCGAGGAACUGACCGAGCUGCCUGUUAUGGUGGACCUCGCCUCAGACUUCCUGGACCGCAACACUCCCAUCUUCCGUGAUGAUGUGUGCUUCUUCGUCUCCCAGUCAGGCGAGACCGCUGACACCCUCCUGGCCCUGAGGUACUGCAAAACACGCGGCGCCCUCAUCGUCGGCAUCACAAACACCGUCGGCUCAUCCAUCUGCCGGGAGAGCCACUGCGGAGUCCACAUCAACGCCGGGCCGGAGAUCGGUGUAGCGUCGACCAAGGCCUACACCUCACAGAUGAUCUCCCUCGUCAUGUUCGCUCUCAUGAUGUCCGAAGACCGCAUCUCCUCACAGCCACGCCGCUCCGAGAUCAUCCAGGGUCUGCGUGUCCUGCCUGACCAGAUUAAGGAGGUGCUGGCCCUCGACUCCAAGAUUCAGGAGAUCAGCAAGAGUGUGUUUGAGAAGAAGUCGCUGUUGGUGCUUGGGCGGGGCUACAACUACGCCACCUGUCUGGAGGGAGCCCUGAAAAUUAAGGAGAUCACCUACAUGCACAGCGAAGGCAUCAUGGCCGGGGAGCUGAAGCACGGCCCGCUGGCGCUGGUCGACGAGGGGAUGCCCAUUAUCAUGAUCUGCACCAGGGAUAACGUCUUUGUGAAAUGCAUGAACGCCCUCCAGCAAGUCACCGCCAGACAGGGACGCCCAAUCCUCAUCUGCAACAAGGGAGACGAGGAGCCCCAGAAGUACGCCUCCAGUGUCCUCGAGCUGCCCAAGACCGUGGACUGCCUGCAGGGACUCCUCACCGUCAUCCCCCUUCAGCUCCUCUCCUACCACGUGGCUGUGCUCAAGGGCUGCAAUGUUGACUGCCCGCGGAACUUGGCAAAGAGUGUGACAGUGGAGUAAGGUGAAGUGUGUUAGUGUGCAUGAGUGAGUUUUUGUAAUGGGAGAUAAUGGAUGAGAUGAGUGUUAGAAUUUUAUGUAAUGAAGAAGGAGGAGAGAAAGAGGAGUUAGAAAUUGAGUGCUUGUGUGUGUGUGUGUGUUAGAUAUGUGUGUUUGUGUGUGUGUGUGUGUGUCUGUAUGUGUGUUUGUUUGUAUAUGUGUGAAGUUCUAUCCAGGCUUCACACACAUACGUACACACAUUCAUAGACGCGCACGCACUCACACACGCACAUAUGUAAGUACGAAUGCCCGAGUUGGUGUUUGUCUAUCAUGGCUCACUAAUACUACUGGAGGUGAUCGUGUUGUUGUACAUUUUAUAGACUAUACUUUUUAAGGCGUUUAGCUUGUUAGGUAGUUUUUCGGGAGGCGGAAAAAAAUAAGAAAGAUUGUUACAUUUUUGGGUGACGGAAAAAGAUAAAUAUUGUUAGUUCUUCAGAUGAUGUAUAAAAAAUGGGUUUGUUGAGGUUGGCAAUAUGGGAUUUUACUCUUUGCUUAGUGUUUUGGUACAUAGAAAAAAGAAGGUCCGUUAUUUCUUCAGGAUAUAUAAGAGAAGGAUGACUUAGUAUUCUGGAAGACAUAAAAAAAGGAAAUGUUAGUUCUUGAGAAUCUAUAAAAAAAUGAGUCUGUUGAAGUUAAGGUUUUGGGAAUUCGCUCUUUACUUAGUUUUUUGGGAGAUAGAAAGAAAAAGUGUGGUAGUUCUUCAGGAUAUAUAAGAAGAAGAUGACUGUUAGUGUUCCAAAAGACAGAAAAAAAAGAGAAAUAUUGUUAGUUCUUCCGAAAAUAUAAAAAGAAUAUGUCCGUUGAAGUUAAACAUUUGGGAUUUUACCAUUUUUUAGGCAUUUUUAGGGAGAUAGAAAAAAAAAUGUCUUUCGUUCUUUGGGAAAUAUAAAAAAAAAAGUUUGUUGAGCAUUUUGGAUUUAGCUCUUUGUAUAUACACCUGUCCACACACACACAGGUGAACAAAGGUGUGUCUCAUUAGUAGUUAGUGCAGCAGGUUUUAAUGGUAAUGAAGCAGGUAAUGAGCACAGGUGUAUCUCGUUAGCAAUUUUUCACCCUUUUCCGAAUGUAUGUGAAUCAAAUCUCACCUGCGCAGAAAUUAAAAUAUAAGGUGAAUUAAUUAGACUGGAAUUAGUAGAGGAAAGAAAAGACUGGAGUGCAAUAAGGAUGUCAAACUAUCCCUCGUGAAUUCAUAAACGCAGGAAAAAUGUUACGACCACAUUAUUGAAGGAACGCAGUGCUUAUA